UUUUGCUUUCAGGAGGAACAGAUUCAAGGAAAGGGAGCGAGUGCCAGGGAAACAUGCAGUACACAAUGUUUACAUCUGAUGAGGGGGUGUAAUAGAAACUCAAGUGCAGUGAAAUAUUUAUUAAGUUAAAUUGUUUUCUUCAGAUUUAAUGGUAACGUAUAUUUAAUUCUGGUGGAAAAUGUCUUUUCACGGCGCUAUCGUGGUUAUAAAGAGGUCAGGGGCAGAUGGAUCAACAUUUCCACUAGUCAACGAAGAGUGUGUACUGGGUCGAGGUGAGGGAUGUGAUAUUAGAAUACAGAUCCCUACUGUCAGCAAGGAGCAUGCAAAGAUCGCGGUUGAUCUUCAAUCUGGAAAGGUAUAUUUGUAUGCGUUAAGUAAGACAAACCAGACCAAGCUGAACUCCAAGAGUAUCCAAAAUGGAGUUCAAACAAGGCUUAUGCAUGAUGACGUUUUCACUAUUGGAGACAGACACUUCAGAUGGGAAUACCCAGGAGAGGUCCGUGUACCUGAAAAUGUACAGGAGAACAGGGAACCAGAGAACCAAGGAAUCAAUGUUCUAACUCCGAGGGGUCAUAAGAGGUUUGGUCCAUAUGUUUCUCCGGAGUAUUUUGAUAAAGCGCUUCCUCCUUCUACUCCUGUCAGAAAGGGAGCUGUUCCACCUACGGAGACACCCAAGGCUAAACUUGCUGAAUCUGCCAGGAAGUGUGUAGCUGCUCUGCCAAGACAGGACUCCAUAGAGGAGGAAAGCCUCAAGGGUGUUUUAAGGAGGAAAGAAAAUGAUGAUCCUUUAAUAAAGAUAAGUACUAAACAAGAGACAGACAACAUGGACGUAUCCGAGUUCUUGAGGAACUGCGCUGGUUCCUCUUCAUCAAUAUCAUCCUCGGACACUGAGAAAGAGAUAUUGGUAGAGAAGCAGAAAUCCAGGAGAGAGAAACUGGAGGAGUUUAGGCAGAAGAAGAAGCAGGAAUUAGAAAUGAAGAAGAAAACAGCCAAGCCUGCAUUUAAGGCUGGCGUAGUGCACCAUCCUCUAGCACCCUUCGGAGCCGGUGCACAUAAACCUCUUAACAUCACACUAAAUAACAGAACGAAAGCUGGUAAUUCGACUAUGUCCUCAUAUACUUCGAAAAUGUCAACAGUUUCUAGUCGGACCAGUCGAACGACUAGAUUGACAACACGAAGUAAGCUAGGAGGCCCUACACGAGAUACUGGUAGAAAGGCAACUAAACAUAAGAACAUUUUGCCUCAGGAACUGCCCUCAAUUAAUCUUCAUCCUGCUAGCAACGGUUCAUCUGCCAGUAGUAAGAGUUCUAAAGGUUCUGUUGGUUCUUUCGCACCGGAUAAUUUUCAAUUCAAGCCAAUGCAUAUACCCAAUAUGUCGACUCCAUUAGAUUUAAAUCGCGGAGAUAAGAUUCCAAAACUUAACUUCCCUAGUAUUCCUGAGCUAAACAUGAAUAUGGAGAGCAGUGAGUGUUCAGACAAUGUUUUCUCCGAGAGUACCCCAGACAAGAGGAAAAGUGGCAAAAGAUCGACAAAACCCUCCUUGGAGAAGUCCCAACCUGGUAGAGAGGAGACGAACAUUCGUAAACUCUCAUUCGGAUCCCGGGAUAUAUCUGCCAACAAUAGUUUAACAGCUGAACCAGUAGUUUCCAGUUUAAACCUUCUCUCCAGUGAAACUGAAGUAACUGAGGUUGUCGCUAAAACCCCUGACAGAGGUCGAGGAAGAACCAGAUCAAGGAGAAUUAGUGGAGUUCAACCUGAUGCUUCACUGACAAGAGAAGAGUUAGCUAGAACACCCGCUAACAGGGUCAAGGAAAGAUCAUUAUCCGCAACUAGAAGAUCAACCAUCGGGCAGUGUUUCUGCUGCGAGGAUUUGGAAACCCACGAGAUCAAAGAAAGGGCCCAGCUUCCUUCAACUCCAUCCCGUAGACGUACUCCAAGCAAAGCUGGAAGGACUCCAUCGCGUACUCCAAGAGUUUCCAGGAAAAGUGUCUUACCUGUCCUCAGUGAAUCUAGUCCAAGUCACGAGGACGAGGAAGGUCAUGAGCAGGACACAGAACAACGUCCUGCAACUAAAUUCACUAAGAAGAGAAGAACAAGUUCUAGAGUAUCGGGCCAACAGAAGGAAAAGGACGGAUCCUCACAGGAGGAAGAGAUGAUGCAAAAGGAUGAGAAUACCGGAGGCCAAGAAACUAGUUCACCAGCUAAACCUAGGGUUGCCACAACCAGGCGUAGAACUAGAUCUAUGCGUCCUGUUCCUCAACUCAUAGAUGACCAGGAGACUACUAUACCGGAGCCGGAAAAGUCUGUCACAAAAACUCCGGAGAUGAAGUUAGAUUCUCCCAGAGCUACGGAGUCUACGGGCUCCGUUCCUCCUCAGACUCCAGAGAUGAAUAAGAAUUCGGUUGAAGCUCCAUCAGAUAUGGUAGUAGGUACUCCUAGUACUCCACUCAACGUAGAAGAAGAAGAGAUUGUAUUUAAGACUCCUCUUCCUACUCCCAGACUGAGGAAGACAAAGUCUGCGUUUAAAACCAGGACUGUGAUGAAAUCCCCUUGGAUAGAAGAGAGGAGGAGUGUUAAACGUAAAUAUUCACUCUCAGAAACUAAACCCAAGAAUUCAAUUCUAUCUCUGUUUGACGAUAUUCCAGACAGCGAAAGUCCGGUUCAUGAAAUACUAGCAAAGAAGUUUAGAUCUUCUGAUAAUGUUGAGAGCACUGAUGUAGAGGAUAUAUUGCUACAAUUCAAGGUUCAGAGUUUAAGUAACCAGUUCUCAGCAAUAGGUCGUGAAUCAGACAUAGAAAUGAAGACGGCAGAGCUUGAGAAGUCCGAACUAGAAUCCAUCAACAAUCAGCAGGAGGUCACAUCUAGCAUGGACGUUGAGGAAGCCCUGAAGGAAGAUGCUGCCGUUGAGGUUCUUGUACAGGCAAGAGCAGUAAAAGGUCAAGAAGAAUGCGAGCACGAUGUUCUCUAUUUCAGAAAUCUCCUAGUAUCGGAAGCUACUAGAAUGACCAGCUGGUGUGAUGAAUGGGAGGCUAAACUAAACGAUGAAAUUCCAGAGGAAAUACAGGGACAGAUAAGAACAACUGUUGGACAAGGUCGGUUGGUUAUGGCAGAGAGGUUUAAACAAUUUUCAGGAUUAGUUGAUAACUGUGAGUUUGGUACCGGAGAGAAGACGACAUCUUGUAUGGAUUUACAAGGAUUUUGGGACAUGAUCUAUUUUCAGGUUGAAGACGUUGAUAAAAAGUUUGGAGAACUUUUGAAGAUUGAAGAAAACGGGUGGAAAGAGAUUGAGAUAUCACAAGCUAAAGUUAUAAAAAAGAAGCCGGCUGCUUUAAAGAAACCUAUCACCAAGAAACCUGCAGCCACUUCGGGUCUACGAGCUCAUAUCUUAGCCUUAAAGAAGAAGUCGGAAGAUUGUUCCGAGAACCCCGAAGAGGUGAAGGAACCCGGUGAAAGGAAACCAAGUAUAAAGGAAAUGAUUGCUGCUAAACGUGCUGCCUUGGAAAAGGAAAAAAGUGUCUCUGCUGGUCUUGUGAAGCCCGAGAUAUUGAUCCAGGAACCUUCAGAUGCUGGGGAGGAGGAGAAGGAUUUUGACGGAGGAUUCUUCCACAUCAAGUCUCCAGUCCGCCAGCAAAGUGUCUCGGAUCCUGCGUUAAGAUCCCCCCAGAGUUCACUGUCCCCUCGUGGGACUAAAUCUACCGGUGGAGAUCGUCUUCGUCGCGCUGUUCUGACGGACUCAGCCCGGCGUGUGAGCGGUAUGAUUUCUCCUUAUGUAUCCCAGAUGUCCCGUAGGUCUCUUCGAGAACCCAAUAAACUCCCUAGAAGAUCCGCUUUGUUCGACGACGAAACAGAAGACGACGUUAACACUAGACCUGCAACAUAUGUUUUCGAUCCCGUUGUUCCAAUGGCUAGUCCUGUGACCAAGACCUACAGUAAGAAUAUAGGAUCUACUGAACAUGAUCAAAAGAUGGAUAUUGCGUUUGACCUUCUCGUCUCAUCUCCUGAAGAACGAAGCCUUGACAACAGUUCAGAGCAGAGUUUCUCCUCUAAGAAGAAAACUAGACAGAGUGUUAAGUUUAGUGGGAGUACGGAGAAUAUGAGUGUAAAUUCAGCUAUAUCCACCCCGAGCAGGAAGCAGAAAGGAGCUGGUCAUGAUGAUGAGAACAGAUCUCCUAAUCUACCCAAUACUGGAGCAUUAGAUACAUCACCCUGUCUUAGGAAACCAAGGAUCUCCCUGCUGCCUGGUAUUGAUAAGGUAGAGGAGAGGCUUAAUGUGAGUGCCUCGGACAGUCUCAUGUCCUUCUCUCCAGCUCCGGCUUCCAGACGGUCAACCAGGCUCAGUUCUGCUAAAUAAGACUUCAGUUCAUCCCUCGUCCUAAACCUAUAUUCGCAUCCUUAAACAAUAACAAUAUUUUUAUAAAUCUUUAUCAAGUAUAUGAAUAUAUGUAAAAAUAUGCCGUUUUGAAAAUAAUAAAUGGGUCCAUAUAGCUCAGCAGUCAGCAUCCCAUCCAAAAGGAAAUUGGCUAAAAUAUCUUAAUUUUAUAUGUUUCUACAUUUAAUUUCACUGACCAUAAAUUAAAAACAAAUAUCGUACUAUAUUUUAACCAACUGAGGGUUGUAUGAGAAGAUUAAUAUUAUUUUGCUAUGAUUGCGUUUCAUGAAAAAUUAUUGUGCUUUCCAUGUCGAUUGUGUUUUGUACUUCUAAUAUUGUGUUAUGACAAAUAUUAAUAAAUCCUUUUCUAACAAAAUGCUCUUAGUUUCGACGUUUUCA